AUGAUACACUCUGUAGGAUGUUCACCGCAGCGCACAGAUAUCAGCGUCUCCAUAGAACCAGACGAUCCAGAAUGUCUGCCUGUGCCCUAUAAAUGCUACGUGGAGGUCGGCGUCAACACUGUUCGCAAGCGAACCCAAGUAUCCUCCCCCGGAAAGUACGCCUGGAAUGAGUCAUUUGAAUUCUCAGUGAGAGAGGACUGGUCUAUAUGCAUUGACUUGAUAGCAAAACAUACAUUGUUAUCGUGCGGCACCCUGAGUUGGUUCUGCAAGGAUGUACCCAUUGCAUCGUCUCGUGACUAUAUGCAGUUACCUACAUCAACACAAACAAAAGUCGUCUCACAAAAUCUGAGACAUGUGCACGUACGAGGGCGGAAUGGAGAGCCUUCCAUAUACCAGGCUAGCGUGACAUUGAAGCUUCGGUUGGUAAACCCAGAUCCUAUCACUGACCCAUCAUCUUCGGUUCAUUAUGAAGAGUCAUUUAUCGAGGAUGUCGGUGAGCUCAUUGCAGCACCAAAUCUCUCUAACGCAGAGCUUGGGGCAUUCAACGAGGUGCUACGACAUCCCAGCCUUUGUUUUGGCUGCUAUCCUUUUUCAGAUCGUUCAUCUUUCGUACUCUCGCUUCACAGUUAUGAAGAUGAUAGCCUUUCCUUCACCAACACCCCACACGCCGAUCACGACGAAGUAUUAGUGUCCCCUGUCUCUGAUUUGCCUCAAGGAGAUCGGUUUCCUCCGAGCCCUAGAAAGCUGGAUGACGCAGAACAAACUUCUGUGUUAGAGGCGACCCUUACAGAUCACACACCGAGGGGCAAUGGUGGGGAACUUCCGGAAAGAGAACAAUCGUCGCCCACCAACACGGUAUAUUCAGGGAUUUCUGUGGCGAACGAUACUGAACCUCAAAAAAGACACAAAUUAUCUAUGAAGGCAUUGAGUUUUCGCUCCAAUCGUAGUGCAUCAUUGAGCGAGGCGCGAGAUCGCCAUGCACGUUUGGGACGACUCAGAUCACUAUUCAGCUUGCGCACACUCCGAAAUGCCGAACGCAUCAGACCUGUGCCGUUGCAUUCAAGUCAGAAAUAA